AUGAAACACAUUGAGCAACUCGUCUCCAUUUUCCUCAACGUUCAUGAGGUCGUGGCAUUCGUUUGGGGGCCCAUUAAGCUCGCUCUCAUAGCUGCCACAGUUUGGGCCGACUCCAUCAAGCAACUCCUAGAUGCUUACGAGGAGAUUGGAGAGGCGCUGAGCAACCUCGCCUUCUUCCACACACUUAUCAAAAGCAACGGCGCAGAACACCUCAGGCGAGCCUUGGAGGACUACUUUUCCGACAUUCUUCGUUUCCAUCAAUGCGUUCUGGGCGUGUUUUCUCGACCUAAUUGGAAAACGUUCUUCAAGGCGGCAUGGGGAAGCUUCCGGCGUCAGGUCGAGCCGAUCAUCCGGGCGCUAAAGCUUCGACAGGAGAGGUUAUCUCACGAGAGGCUGCAGGCACAUGCCAUCCAUCAAGGAGUUCAGAACUUUCGGGGGCAUGCUGAUAACCGGUUUGAUAAACUUGAAGCGGAUCUCGACAAUAUCCGCAAUACGUUAGCCUCUGAAUGCCUGAAGCACCAAACAUCAGUUGAAGAUCAAGAUAUGAAGGAGUUUUUGGAGGACAAGCUCAAUAUCUCGAGAUUCGGGUCUCGCAGUCGACUCGAUUCCCCGGAACUAAGCUCUCCAUCUGCCGGUGAUUGGAUCUUUCAGCAUCCUCACUUUCAGGCGUGGGAAAGUGCAACAUCCUCUCAAGGGAAUGUUUUGUUCUUGAACGGCUCACCUGGCGCUGGUAAAACAGCUUUGGCGAUGAAAGUCAUUCGCUACCUCACGGGCAAGGACCCGAGUAUCCAUGGCAAUACAGUACACUUUCUCUUCAGACACGAUGAUGACGACAGAAAAUCCGCCAAGCCGAUGCUUCGAGCGAUCCUGGCUCAGUUGAUCCAACAAGACGAAACCAUUAUGCGAUACUUGUAUGAGAAGUCCGCUCCCAUGAGCAGCAAUCUCGAGCUGUCUAGUCUCGCAACUCUUCAAGACUUGACCCGCGAGUGCUUGACCAGCCAACGCAGCGUCUCUGUGGUACUUGAUGGUCUUGAUGAGUGUUCCGAGAACGAACCCAGUGCAAUCGUUACCUGGUUUCUGGACAAGGUUCUUCCCUCCGCAGCUUCACGGGGUUGUCAUCUCAAAUUACUGUUCUGCGGGCAGAGAGACGGGCGACUUGACCAACUGUUGUCAGCACAGCCCCAAAUCAGGCUUGACACGGUUGAUUCUCACCAAAGGGACAUUGAGGAGUACUCGAAAUCUCGAGCCGCCGAGAUAUGCGCGAGGUUCUCUCAGACACCAGAACAAGAAGAAGAGCUUGCCACCAAAGUAGCAAAGACAUCACAAGGCAUGUUCUUGUAUACCAAGGUCGUCAUGUCCAAUUUCUUAUCCAUGGACUCAAUCGAUGAAUUUGAAGAUGAGAUGCAAAGCGAUAGUUUUCCCGAAGACCUAUACAAAGCUUACGAGCGAAUCAUCCAAAGAGUGUUAGAAAAGUCCAAGCCAUCACGACAAAAGACGGUCAAGAAGAUCUUGGAAAAGGGCACCUGCAACCCCAAGCGCCGCCGCCUCGACAACUGCAAAGAUAUCUGCAGCUCGCUUGUUGACGUGACGAUCUGCGAUAUGUUUGGGGGUCUUCAGUCCGAGCAGAUCAUACAGAUGGUCCACGAGACAGCUGGCAGAUACCUUGUUCAGAGAGGCACCAUUGAUCUUCUCCAGGAGCAUGCCGACUUGGCUAUCUUCUGUUGUCGUUACCUUUCUUCUCGGCCCUUUCUCCAAGACCCAGAAACAGACAGUUCCCAAAACGCUCUUCAAUCUGGUUAUUUCGGGUUCCUUGACUACGUCACCGUUAACUAUUGCUAUCAUGUUGAGGAAGCACAGAAGCAUGUAUCUGGUCUCCCAGCGGACGUUGUCUCGUCUGCGGUGGGGUUGCUCACAGCCUAUUCCGACAACCCUUCAAAUCAAUCGAUUCUCGAGAUGGAGGCUUGCGCUCAAACAGUAACAAAUACGCUCCGCACACAGAAUAUCGACGCGCGAAUACAAUCUCGCGUGAUCACCAUUCGGGCGGCAGGGGAGUCACAACACCGCGACCUUUCCAAAGAGAGUGCAUACAUGGCUCUCUCCGGUCCCCUCAGAUUCAAAUGCCCCAGAGUCUUCUGUUCCAAGUUCUCUACCGGAUUCCGAAGCCAAGAUGCUUGCGACGAGCACCUUGACAGGCAUGAACGACCGUAUAGGUGCACCCACACUGACUGUUUUCUCCAUGACGUUGGGUGUGAGUCCCACGAGCGUCUUGAAGCACAUCGCAAGGCUUUUCAUCAGAAUUCUUCCAACUUAGCGGUCUCAUUCCCCUCCACCAAAAGCACGAAGUCGAAAACCAUUUGCGAAGCUUGCCGAAAAGGCAACCUUGAGGAAGUCAGGCAAUUCCAUCUUUCGGGAUAUCCCCUCCACAUAAGGUGGAGCUCUGGCACGCUGCUACAUCUCGCCACAAAAGCUGGGCAUGUCCAUAUCUGCAAGUAUAUCAUUGACCAAGGGAUCAAUCCUUUUAAGGAGGACUACUAUUACCUGAGAAGAAGCUGGCCAUCGAUGUUCGAGGCUCUCCGCAGAGCGAAUGCACCAAUUCUAGAACUCUUUUUACAUUCAGAACAUGAUGCCCCCAUCGCCCUUUUUCCAUGCUUUAUUGCCGUAGCCAUCCUGGCUGGUCAUUUGGGGGCCUUGGAGCUCCUUCUGGGUUAUCAACGAAUUAAUAGCGACGGCCUCGGACUACACGUGUGGUUUCGGCGAGCAUUUCCAAAUCUAUAUCGCGACAAGAUCUCGGCCCCUGGUGCAAUUUCUCUCAUCAAGAAUCCUGGUUCUGCAGAAUACCGCGCUUGCAAGAAAAUUUUGCACCAUCAUGAUCUACUGCACAAAGCACUUCAAUCAAAGUGUCAUCCUCUUUCCAUGUUUCUACUAGACCUUGCGGAUGAAGACGACUUGCAGCGUACAGCUUACGAAGGGGACCGGCCAAUACAUAUUCUUGCGAGAAGGGGGUGUGCGGACAGGGAUUGCAAGAAUUGUGCAAUCAUCGCCCGACGACUUAUUGAACUUGAUGGCGCUGUGUCUGUAAACACUCCAGACAGGGAUGACUACCUGCCAAUUCACCUAGCUCUAACAUCAACCGUGGUCCCAAGAAGUGUGAUCCCGGUUCUUUUUCUACAUACCGACAACCUCAACCACCGAGACCCUGGAAGUAGGAGACCGACGGAACGUGUGUCUAGAGCCGGUGGUACAAUCAGCGUUAUAGUCGAGGCCUGCCGCUUGGAUCCAUCCAUCAGAAACCACCAAGGCCGGACAAUUUUCUCAUUAGCAGCCGAAACAUACUGGAUAGAGGCGAAGACGCUGGAGAGCUUACUCGAAGUAGAGCCGACACUAGCAUGGAUGGCAGACAAUACAGAAGACCGCCAAACGCCGCUCCAUCACGCGAUGAAGGCGGCAAGGAACAACGAAAGCCAAGCCGAGAAGGUAAAAUUGUUGCUCUCACUUCACGAGGUUGAACUUGAAAACAUCUUCCGUGCUUUCUUGGCUAGCCGGAUGGUUGGCAACGAUGAAGCAUGCCGGGAGGUGCGGAAGUUUGCAUAUCGCUGGGAUCUUGAAUGGCCUGUAUCAAUCAUGGAUAGACUUGGAUUUGGGCUCUAG